GUAGGAGACCUGGCUGUGUUAGGAACUUCCAGAGAAGCUGGGAGUGCUGCCUGAUGCUGCAUGAAGCGGAGGAAGCCUGUGACCCUGACAAAGUUGUGCCAGGAGGCUGAAUAAACACUACCAGGAAGGAGUCCUGUCAUUUAGGUCGCUCCAAGGAGAGGGACAAGCAGUCAACAGUUAACAAUCAGGGAUAUUAAGUCCGUUGAUAUUCAACGAAAUUACCUUGGUGUCAGCCAUUAAACGUGUUGGGUGACUCAACUUCGGUCCAAUCUUCUCGCUGCGGCAAUUCCGGAAUUUUAGGAGACAAGUGGUCAGUUGGUAACAUCUAUGAUCAGGUGAUGUGAGGGAAAUUGUGACACAGCCACCAAGGAACUAGGUCAUGCCCUACCUUGCACAUACUGCAAAUUCUCAACUUGCUGGGUUUGCAUUUGCUACUGUCGGCUGGAUAUUGGGCUUAAUCACUACUGGACUUGUACAAUGGAGAGUUUGGUAUGUGUCUAAUGCCACCAUAAUUUCUUCUGGCAUUGCUUGGAUAGGCAUCUGGCAAACUUGUUUCUUUAGGGAUAUACUAGUGUCUUCCAACCAAAAGGUAAUGUACUGCCAGGAAUUCAGUGUUCAGGAUUCCUUUGUACCCCGGGAGAUUUUCGUUGCGCAAGGACUCAUGAUAGUAGCUAUUAUCCUGGGGUCAGUAGGAAAAGCAUUUAGCGUCUUUGGACUGAAGAAUGUAUAUCAAGGUAGACCUAAUGUAACUGUGAUCCCAAGAUGGUUUAUUGCUGGAGGAGUGCUCACUAUGCUGUCUAGUAUGUGCAUUAUAAUUCCAGUGACGUGGAACCUACAUUCUGUUGUAAACAACUCCAGCAUAUAUUUUCCAAGUUCCUAUGACAUUCCGUCCAGCCCAGAGAAACAGGAAGUUGGUGCUGCGAUUACUGUUGGGAUUGUGUCUGCUAUUCUUCUGUUCAUUAGUGGGGCUUUUUUUCUGUCUUACAAGUUGCCUUACAAUUUGGAUCCUAAUGUCUUUCCAUUGUCUUCAGAUGAUAUACUUUGUGAUGGUCUAAGUUUCACCACUAGUGAAACAUCCAGGACUAGAAGCAUUGCAUCUAGAAGAAGUUCAAAUCACAUACUAAAUUGUGAUGGAAUUCCUAAUGAAGCUUUGAACUAGAGGAAAAGUUGUAAAUUUAUUUUUCUUUCUUUUGUUUGCUAUUGUUUUCAACCUAUGGUAUAAAAUACAACACAAUUAUUACAACAUAGUUGCAAAAUGAUGUUAUUUUUAGGGAAAUUAAGAUCACAUUUUUAUUUCAGUUUAAAUACUUGUAUUAUAUAACUAUGUAAAAUUAUGUUGCAAUGCUACAGGUUAUUAUGUUGUAAUUACCGCACACCUGUAAUUCACUUCUACUGCACUGGUGGUGCUGGCACUCUGUUGACCCGGCAAGGUCCCUUAGCAACACACAUCAGGAUAAUGAAGGGAGGGUGUGCCCCCCAAAAUGUUGAUACUGUGGUAACACAAUCAAAGGGGUAAGCUCCCCAAUUGCAGAAAAAUUGUGUGUGUGGAUCCGUGAACAAAGUUUAUUAAUGCUACAGGUUAACCAUUAUUAUUAUUCUGGGAGAAACCAAUGCACUGUGUUUGUUGCCUGUAAUUUUAUUAUUCAAUGUAAGUAGCCACAAAAAAAGGAAACACAUUUACUAACACAGGCAAAUUUGCUCCUGAACAAUAAACUAAAGCAAAAAAUCAGUAAUUAGCUAUAUAAAGGAAUGCAAAACCUUUUUUAGUGUGGGUUACUGCACUAGCGAACACCCUUGUCCCUCUUAUAUAAACGUCUAUAAAUAACAAGGAAUUUGAUUUUAAAAUAUUUGCUGCAUUUUACUACCUGACUGCUGUGAGCCAUAUCAUCUGCCAUUGUUCAAUAA